AUUUUUUUCGCUUCUUUAUUUCACUAGUUUGUAUUUUCUCGGAUCGUAUCUCCAAUCCCAAAUCUUUCCUAUUACCACUGAUACUGUUACUACCUUUACUUUUCUGAGAUUUGGCCAGACAAUUCGAUCUCUGCAAUAAUGGUUUAUGGAAACUUGAACCGAUGUACAUACGUAUCAGGUUGUGGCUGAUUCAUAUUCUGUCUUUAUACUCUUUAGAAUCAUAUUCUUGAUUUUUAGUCGUUCUUAUCAAUAAUACUGCUAUAAUAUGAACUCAUUUGGCACUAAGCUUGCUAACUUCAUUUUAUUAUGCAGCUAUAUGCUUGGAUCUACAUUGGUUAUGAUUGACUGUUAAGCGUUUGUAAGGAGUGGCUAUUGAAUCUAGGGAAUACUUUCAAAACGUUAUCCACCCGAACAGUUUAAAGCACUGAAUGAACAUAAUCCUGUGGAUGAAAUAUUUAAAUUGUUUAAGAAGAUUGUGAUACAGAAUGUUUAUAGUAUAUUCCUAUCCGUCCAUCUCGAAUGGAAAUAUUAAUUGAAAGCCACUGGGUUGCUAUACUUUAAAAACGACCCAUUUCAUGAAACAAUUUGUUUCCAAUCUGAGUUAAGUAAAAUUGUACUAAUGCUUCUCUAAACCACCAGUAGCCCAGCUCUAUUGACUUUCCCUGCUCUGGACCCACCUAUUUUUCAUUUAAUCUUGUUUCUGUUGUCCUGUUUAGUUUUAUUUUCCUUUUUGAUGUCUCUGUUUCGAAAUAUAGGGACUUGAGCUAGUGUUCUAUUGUUCUUGGUUCAAUAUAGUAUCAGCUCAAAAUUUGUACGUCGUGAAAUGCUUUAUUCUAAUUAUAAAAUACUUGAGUGUUGUAUGAAUUGCACUAAAAUAGUGACUUUGCUUACUGGAAAUUGUCGAUGCUUUUUAUUCUUUCUAAUUAGGGUUGUUCAUAUGAUCCUAGCGGAUCCUUGGGGUUUUGUGGAGGAUCCCCUGAAAGUUAAAGAUCAAUCGAAUGUGGGUGCAGCUCAAGCAUGGAUAUUUUCAACUGUUCGUCAUUUAUUUCGUUCCUUUAAUCCCUUGUCCUUUCUUCGUGCUGCCGGACCCUUCGGGCCUAGCCUUAUCCACUAUUUCCGUCAGGAUCUAAGAGGGUUUUUCGAUCAAAGGCCCAUUCGCGCUGAAGAGAUGACAGAAAUACCUCGAACAGAACAACUUGAAUCGACCCAGAAUGUUUCUUACGAUAAACACAUUCAGUCAACUAAUGGUGAGGAUGAUGUAUUCGAGCCUCCGUCACCGAUCCACAUAGCGGUGAAGGCUGAGGGGACAGUCUCUGAUAAAUCAAGUUCCAAUACACUGAAUUCUAUUGAUUUAAACGAUUUGGAUGGGUCUGUAGCUUUGGAUUACGUCUAUCAUAUUAACUGUCAGCAUCCAAGGUACCAUUGUCUUAAAUUACAUCUUCUAUUGGUUAA